AUGGAACUUGAUAAGCUUAAGUUCUCGAUUGUCUUGACUAUUUUUUGUGCCAUGACAGUUUUAUGUGCAGUGGCUUACGAUCCAUUGGAUCCCAAUGGGAGCAUAAAUAUAAAGUGGGAUAUCCUGUCUUGGACUCCUGAUGGCUAUGUUGCAGUUGUGUUGAUGAAUAACUUUCAAAUGUAUCGGCAAAUAAUGAGCCCAGGGUGGACCUUAGGCUGGACAUGGGCUAAGAAAGAAGUGAUUUGGUCAAUGGUGGGAGCCCAAGCCACUGAUCAAGGAGAUUGUUCCAAUUUCAAAGGCAACAUUCCACACUGCUGUAAGAGAAAUCCUACAGUUAUUGACUUGCUCCCUGGAGUCCCUAAAACCCAACAGUAUUCUGAUUGCUGCAAGGGUGGUGUUUUGGCAUCUUGGGGACAAGAUCCUGCAGCCGCAGUUUCAUCAUUUCAGCUCAGUGUUGGUCUCUCUGGUACAUCCAAUACAACAGUUGCACUUCCCCAGAAUUUCUUUUUGCUUGGUCCAGGACCAGGCUAUACGUGCAGUGCAGCAACAAUUGUUUCACCUUCAGUUUUCUUCUCAAGUGAUGGGCAGCGAAAAACACAAGCAAUGAUGACCUGGACUGUGACAUGCUCUUACUCGCAAAUGCUUGUGUCUAAGAAUCCCUCCUGUUGUGUUUCUUUGUCAUCCUUUUACAACUCUAAGAUCACUCCCUGUCCGUCCUGUUCUUGUGGGUGCCAGAAUAAUGAAAACGCUAGCUGUGUCAUGAGCAAGUCCAGAAUUUCAAGUGUUGUAGAAGCAAGUACAUCAAUGCUUGAGUGUACUUCACACAUGUGCCCAAUCCGGGUGCAUUGGCAUGUUAAGGCCAACUACAAGGAGUAUUGGCGUGUGAAGAUUACAGUCACCAAUUUCAAUUAUCGGAAGAAUUUCACACAGUGGACUCUUGUUGCUCAGCAUCCAAACCUCAACAAUGUAACCAGAGUUUAUAGCUUUCUCUACAAGUCAUUUAUGCUCUUCAAUACCAUAAACGAUACUGCCAUGUUUUAUGGGAACAAAAAUAAAAAUGACAUGCUCCUGGAAGCUGGGCAAAAUGGGAAUGUUCAAUCAGAGAUUCUGCUUGGAAAGGACAUGAGCAGAUACACAUUGGAGCAUGGAUGGGGUUUCCCUUCGAGAAUUUACUUCAACGGUGAUGAAUGUAUGAUGCCUCCUCCUGAUUCAUAUCCAUUUCUACCCAACUCUGCUCCUUUCAGUCCAACAGCCUCCUCAACACCAGCCAUUUUUCUAGUUCUCAUCUUGCUAGCCCUUCGGUGUUCGUUGUUCUAG